UUAGUGGUGCAUUACAGUGUAAAGCAGGAGAAGGGCUGGGCCUGGACACGCCUAUUCAGCACAGCCGUGUAGUCGGAGUACCCGGAUGUGAUCUCCUUCGACAGCAGCCGAGAAUCAAAGAUGCAGACCAUAAAAUGUGUGGUGGUGGGAGACGGUGCAGUGGGAAAGACCUGCUUAUUGAUCUCCUACACAACCAACAAGUUCCCUUCAGAAUACGUGCCUACGGUAUUUGAUAACUAUGCAGUCACUGUGAUGAUUGGAGGAGAGCCAUACACACUUGGCCUUUUUGACACAGCAGGCCAAGAGGACUAUGACAGACUACGGCCCCUGAGCUACCCUCAGACAGACGUUUUUCUCGUGUGCUUCUCUGUUGUCUCGCCCUCCUCUUUUGAGAACGUCAGAGAAAAGUGGGUACCAGAGAUCUCCCAUCACUGUCCCCGAACCCCAUUCCUGCUGGUUGGUACGCAGGUCGACUUGAGAGAUGACAGUAACACGGUGGAGAAACUCGCCAAGAACAAACAGCGCCCACUGUCGCCCGAGAGCGGAGACAAACUGGCCAGAGACCUCAGAGCAGUGAAAUAUGUGGAGUGCUCUGCCCUCACACAGAGAGGACUGAAGAAUGUCUUUGAUGAAGCCAUCUUGGCUGCGCUGGAGCCUCCUGAGACCAAACCCAAGAAACGCUGCAUUCUCUUAUAAAUGAAAAUGUGGGAACAAGUUGACAGGGAGGAAAAUGGGAGGCCUUCAGACAGUGCCUUUAGUUUUACAAAAUUGAGUGGUUUGUGUGGUAAUAUGCUGACAUUCAUUCUCUCUCUCUCUCUCUCUCUCUCUCUCUUCUUGACUAAUGACCAGUCUUUCUGAAGAAGACCUACCAAAAAAACAAAAAAAGAAACAAACCACAAUGCCUUCAAAACAAGGAAAAUAGAUGACUGGCAUGCUUUUUUUUUCCUUUCUUUCUUUCUUGCUUAACAACCCUGCCAUUACCUUUACCCCCCAUACAUCCCUCCUUCCUUUGCCUUCUUUUGUUUAGUUUGAGCAAUCUAAAAAGAAAGAACAACAUGCUAAAGUGAUCAGUUUUCCUUCUUUUCAUUCCUUUUUCAUUGUGGCAAACCGGAGCUCCAAGUGUUUCUUACCACCUCUGCCCUCUGCAGGACUUAAACCGGAACUUUUAUUUUUUUUUUUUCCAUUCCAUUCCAUUCCUUUUUUUUUUUUUUUUUUUUUUUUAAUGAUUGUGGCGUAUUAAUAAUAACAAGUAUUGUAUGAUUAUAUAUUUUUUAUUAUUUCUGGUGAGUGGGAGUUUAACAGCUAGGAGAUUUUAGUGCAAUUUUUUUUUAGGUGCCACUUUAUCACCACAGUCGGUCCUUUUUUUAUUUUAUUUUAAGAAAUAUUAAUUGCGUUAUAAUCUAUUAUAUUAGCUGGUGUCUAAACCGGUAGCCAUGGUAAUUAAAGCAAUAAUAAUGACAUAAUAAAAAUUCACAGGAUGUGGAACUGA